ACUCUAACCUGGUCAGACGUGUUCACCUGGUGUCCCGGCCAGCAGAUGGCGCUCCAGCAGACUCCCGCUUCCACAUUGCCUGACAGUGGUUCCCUGGCCGUGACGUCAGGAUGCUGUUGGCAGGGGGUGCAGGGAGAAGAGCCUGCCCACUCCUACCUCCCCUCACACUGUGCGGGACUCACAAGGGGGCAGGUCUGGCACUCUGUGGAAGGACUGCUCCAAAUUUUUUUUUUUUUUUUUUUAGCUGAAGUCAAGUUUUUUGGGACUGUCCAUGUCCCGUCUGGAGCUUACAAGGAUGGUUACCCUGGUCACCUAAGUGCUGAAUUCCGUGCCACAUUGCUCGGGAGUGCCACACAGUGCGCUGACUGGAAAGGUAGAGGAGUAGGUGAAGUAGCAGAGCAGCGCAGGGCUGACAAAGAGCUCAUUGUACGGGAGCUGGAGGACGAGCUGCAGGCGGCACAGGGGCUGCCAGGCAGCCCCUUCCCUUUACCGCAUUUGCCAACUUCACUUUUCUAAGGAACUUUGGAUGCUGUAAGGAUUGCACUACAAGCUGCCAGGAUGUCCAGGAGCAGGGGAGCCGAGGGGUAUGGAGCGGUCUUACUGCUGGUGGGGUACUCUGUGCUGCUACAUCGGGCUGCAGGUGAAAUAGGGGAUUUUGCAGAUAUAAAUGAGCCUUUGGGGCAACUGGACAAUCAUGAUAGACUCAUGCCAACUCCUCGGGGACAUUUUCUGACAUUUCUGGAGCCUGUAAAUAACAUCACCAUUGUCCAGGGUCAGGCAGCCACCCUUCAUUGCAAAGUGGCAGGAAAUCCACUCCCAAAUGUCAAGUGGCUGAAGAAUGAUGCUCCAGUGGUGCAGGAACCAAAGAGAAUCACCAUAAGAAAAACAGACUAUGGUUCAAGGCUAAGGAUACAAGACCUUGACACCACAGACACAGGCUACUAUCAGUGUGUCGCCACCAAUGGGAUAAAGACUAUUACUGCAACUGGUGUUCUUUUUGUGAGACUUGGUCCUACGCACAGCCCAAACCCCAACAUCCAGUAUGACUAUCAGGAAGAUGGAUUUUGUCAGCCCUAUAGAGGUAUUGCUUGUGCUAGGUUCAUUGGAAACAGAAGCAUCUAUGUGGAUUCCCUCCAGAUGCAGGGGGAGAUUGAAAAUCGAAUUACUGCGGCAUUCACUAUGAUUGGAACAUCAACCCACCUCUCAGACCAGUGUUCCCAGUUUGCAAUCCCAUCCUUCUGUCACUUUGUAUUUCCACUGUGUGAUGACCGCACCCGCACUCCAAAACCUAGGGAGUUGUGUAGGGAUGAGUGUGAAGUAUUGGAAAAUGACUUGUGCCAUCAAGAAUACAAUAUUGCCCGUUCAAAUCCCGCCAUACUGAUGCAGCUUCACCUCCCAAACUGUGAACAGCUUCCUCUGCCCGAGAGCCCUGAGGCUGUAAACUGCAUGAGGAUUGGAAUACCAAUGGAGAGAAUGAACAGAUAUCAGCAAUGUUACAAUGGUACUGGGACUGAAUAUCGCGGGUCAGUCAGUGUCACUAAGUCUGGACACCAGUGCCAAUCAUGGAGUAGCCAGUUUCCACACACUCACCAGAUGUCAGUUGCUGAACAUCCAGAAAUAGGAGGAGGGCAUGCAUACUGCCGCAAUCCUGGUGGCCAGAUGGAAGGUCCCUGGUGUUUCACCCUCAAUAAGAAUGUGCGCGUUGAGCUUUGUGAUGUGCCUGCUUGCCGUACCAGAGAAAACACAAAGAUGGAAAUCCUUUAUAUCUUGGUCCCCAGUAUUGCUAUUCCACUGGUCAUUGCCUGCCUCUUCUUCUUAGUUUGUAUGUGUAGAAACAAACAAAAAGCAUCAGCUGCUACCCCUCAGAGACGUCAGCUGAUGGCCUCACCUAGCCAAGACAUGGAGAUGCCCCUUAUGAACCAGCACAAGCAGCAGGUUAAAGUAAAAGAGAUAAACCUUUCCACUGUAAGGUUUAUGGAAGAAUUGGGAGAGGAUCGUUUUGGAAAAGUAUACAAGGGACAUCUCUUUGGUACUGCUCCUGGAGAACAGACACAGACUGUCGCUAUAAAAACAUUAAAAGACAAGGUUGAAGUGGCUCUUCGAGAGGAGUUUAAACAUGAAGCUAUGAUGAGGUCAAGGCUGCAACACCCAAAUAUUGUUUGCCUUCUUGGAACUGUAACCAAAGAGCAGCCAAUGAGUAUGAUUUUUAGCUAUUCCCCACUCAGUGACCUGCAUGAGUUCCUUGUCAUGAGAUCACCACACUCUGAUGUAGGCAGCACCGAUGAUGACAAGACUGUGAAAUCCACUUUAGAACCAGCAGAUUUUCUGCACAUUGUAACUCAGAUCGCUGCAGGAAUGGAGUAUCUUUCAAGUCAUCAUGUUGUGCACAAAGAUCUAGCUGCCAGAAAUAUUUUAGUGUUUGAUAAACUGACUGUUAAAAUUUCCGAUCUUGGUCUCUUCCGAGAAGUGUAUUCUGCAGAUUACUAUAAAUUAGUUGGGAAUUCACUUCUUCCUAUAAGAUGGAUGUCCCCAGAAGCAGUUGCAUAUGGCAAGUGUACCAUUGAUUCUGAUAUUUGGUCCUAUGGAGUAGUGCUGUGGGAAAUCUUCAGCUAUGGUCUACAGCCAUAUUGUGGAUAUUCCAAUCAGGAUGUCAUUGAAAUGAUAAGGAAUCGCCAGCUGCUACUUUGCCCAGAUGACUGCCCAGCUUGGAUUUAUUCCCUUAUGCUUGAGUGCUGGAAUGAGUUCCCUGCAAGAAGACCUAGAUUUAAAGAUGUUCACUCUAGGCUAAGAACAUGGGAAAAUAUGUCUAACUACAACAGUUCUGCACAAACAUCUGGUGCAAGUAAUACCACACAGACAAGUUCGCUUAGUACAAGCCCAGUUAGUAAUGUCAGCAAUGCUAGAUAUGUUGACCUGAAGCCCAAAGGACGGCCAUUUCCACAGCCACAGUUUUUACCAAUGAAGGGACAGAUAAGGCCUAUGGUGCCACCUCCACAGCUCUACAUUCCAGUCAAUGGCUAUCAGCAGAUGGCUGCUUAUUUUUAUCCAGUUCAAAUACCAAUGCAAAUGGCCCCUCAGCAAAUGCCUCCACAGAUCAUCCCAAAACCUGGAUCUCAUCAUAGUGGGAGUGGCUCCACCAGCACCGGAUAUGUAACAACUGCCCCAUCAAAUAAUUCCAUGGCCGACAGAGUUGCCCUUCUUGCAGAUGGCAGUGAUGAAGCACAUGUGACAGGAGAGGACGUGUCACAAAAUCCUGUUCAAGAGGAGGAAGAAGGCUCUGUACCAGAGACGGAAUUAUUAGGUGAUAAUGAUACAUCUCCAUUAGAUGAAACAGAUAUUCAUUCAGAAGCAUAAAUACUCCUUUUGCCUUUAAGGGACAUUUUGUCAAGACUUGAAUAGUACAAAAGACUGAAUAAAUCACAUGGUGCCUAUAUUCCAAGCUAGAGCCAUAAACACCGGUUUAGUAUCUCUUGGUGUUGACAGCAACAACACACAGAAAUUUAGAAUGCAACAAUAUUAUAAAAGGAAAUGUAAUGUACUGUUGCUAUGCAACGUAUGGCUGAGUACCAGAACACAACAUGUGUAACCCAGACUGUGACUUUAGUGAAAUGUGCCUAUGCCAAUUUUCAGGAUCAGAAGAGAGAGACAUUAAUGGACUUGUCACAAAAAGCCUUGUUUUUCACAUUGAGAUCUUUCCUAGGAUGUUCUUGCACAUGUGAGCCACACCAAUGAUGGUUUCCUACAUGGAUGUGAAUUGUAGCAUAUUGUGUGUAUCUCAUAGCUGGACAUUUCAGAAAUUAUAUUUCUUUUGGUUAAUUUACACCACUUUCUAGAUCACCCACUAUGCAUGUUAGUAGGAAGCCAAACAUUAAAAUGGUGUUCAGUACACUAACUUGAUAAUUGUUUCUAGAUUUAUCUGGGAAUCCAAAUUUUUUUCCAUUUAAGUUUAGUUUUUAACUAGACUACAGAUUUCAGAUAUUGCUAAAGCAUCUAUAAAGAAAUGUAGAUGCUUUGAAGCCAACUACAAUGGAAUUCACUCUCUUUCAACCAAAAAAGAAACAUUAGUGUUAAGGUAGAAGGCAGCAGCAUUGUGUAGGGUGCUGUUUUGGUUCUUGCUUUUUGCAGAAUAAAUCAUGUACAGUCCUUUAAAUGUAAUUUAUGUUCUAUCACCUUUUAUAUACCUUUUUUUAAAGAAUGCAAGUGUUUUGAUCAGAAGUCCUUUAUAAUUUAACUGUUUACAUUGUCAUCCUAGGAGUCAGUUUACUGUAUAAUAUCUGUGCUUUAACCAUAAAUGUGUAAACAGGUCUGUUCAUUUCAUGUCUUUGUUUCUGUAAAACUCACAAGCUGCACAGUUUUUUUUUUCACAGUGCGUCCAGUCAUUUGAGUUCUGUAAAUUCAGAAACAUUUUUAAUAAAAGGUUUUGCAUAAAAUGGUGAACAUGUUUAUUUUAAUGUAUGCAUACCAAAUCAUUCACUGCAAUGAAAUGGAUAAACUAUGUAUAGAUAUAUAAACUUACUGCACUUUCUUAUAGACCAAAAAUGGGCAUUUUGUAUUUUAUGUCACACUGGCAAACAGAUACGGAAGAGUAUGCCAUGUGAUGCCAAUGGUAGUUUCAAGUGCUCCUGUACUGUCUAUGUGUUUAUUUAUGCAUCAUGACAGGUUUUUGAAGGUUUUGGCCAAGUGAACAUAAAGUCAGUAGCUUUAAAUAUAAGAGUCCUCUCAAGGAAAAAAUAUUUCAAUGAUGAGUAAUAACAUAAUGUAAAUGCACAUCAAAU